AUGACUAAUGAUCAAGCAGAUUUCGAUACGCCCUCCACUAGCCGUGGUGUUCAUCCACGAAAUGCGACUGUGCUGUGCGUCGCUGAAGUACGCGGAAUGUGGAGCCUUCUAAAGGUAUCAAAGGCUUUUGAUACGCGCGAAAAAUGUACCGCUUUCGCAGAGGCACAGGGUCUAAUUUUGACCAGAAGAUUAUGCCGUACGCAUAAAAUUCCAAUGACGGUUUCACCAUUGGGUAAUAAAACGGUCGGCAGCUUUCGAUGCCGCAAAGGGAGCUGCCGUUCAAGAUCGGGCGUUUCUAGGGCCACUGGUACGUGGUUUGAAAAUGCUAAGCUUCCACUACCAGACAUUUUUUAUCUAAUGUACGCCUACGCUUCGCACUGGAACCAGGCUGAAGUUCGAAAAGAAGGUAUUACCGAGGGAACCGUUUUGUCUAGCGCCACCAUCUGCGAUUGGUACAACUACUGUCGUGAGGCAACUGUUUUGUAUCAAGUCGAUCAGCAGGAGGUGUUAGGCAAAAUUGGGGGCAGGAGAGUGGAAGGCCAUUGGGUCUUAGAGAUGGUUGAGGACGGCAGCGACGAUCUGAGGUUGGAAGUCUGCCCAGAAAAUGUCCGGUCUGCUGAGGUGCUCAUACCCCUCAUUCAAAAACAUGUGGCCGAGGGUACAAUUAUUUGUACCGAUUUUUGGAAGGCGUACGAUUGCCUAGCGGACCACGGGUAUGAGCACAGAAAAGUAAACCACAGCGAUCCGGAUAACCCCUUUGUGGCAGACGACGGCACGCAUACGCAAAGGAUCGAAUCACAAUGGCGUGUGAUUAAAAGGUUUUUCAACCGAGACAACUAUAAUAAUCCUCAUAAUUUUACGGAUAAAAUUAUAGAAUAUCUUUGGCGCAAAACAAUUGCUCGUAAGCAUGAGGACCCUUUCCUCAAACUUAUUGACGCACUUAAAUAUACAUAUAAGCCUUAAAAAUGUGUUUCAGUAUUUUAUGGGGGAAUAUUACCCCAAUCCCCCUACUAUUUAUUUUUAUCUGAACAUAAGAACCUUGUCGUAUUUUCCUUUCAAUCGUAUUUUCUUUUGGUCUUGCUUUCCACUCUUUGUUUUUUAGAUAUGGCAACACAGUCCUGCUGCC